AUGAAGCUUCUCGCUUUCGUUGCAUUCGCAGUCUCGCCGCUAUUCUCUGCUGCACAAGCACCCGACCCCUUCACUAUCACUGCUCUCCAUUCCGGGGAAGUCAACAUUCACCUCCAACCGAUUAAUGCCAACAGCCAGGCUUUCUGGAUCGGCAGGCCUACUUCCACCUUUUGUCCCAACCCGGCGAGCGAAUGUCCGCCAGGGACGCAAACAGCCUUCAUCGGUGGCAGCUCAACCCUUGAGCUUGAUGACGAAGUCCCUGGAGGACAGCAAAUAUACGUGCAGUCAAAUGGUGCACUGGGCUACACUGCGCCCCACUCCGCCGUCAUUCCUGCAGGUGCUACUCUGACAGGAUUUUUCUGGACGGGGGGCGCCGCCGCUGGCGAUCUAGGGUUUAUCGGGUUAGGUGCAACAUCCUUCAUUGCAUGCCCUACGACUAGCGGUGGUCCUCCGUACCAAAUAUUUGAAAACGUUGCAGGCGGCGACUUCAGCUCCUGCAUCGGAUUCGAUGCACGUACCACCGAGUACUCUGGCGGUGAUACGUCCGCCGCUUGGGAGUAUGCUUAGGCUUCGGAGGAGGUAGACAGGGUUCGACGAGACGCUUGAAGCAGCUACGGAAGCUACCCAGGGCCUGCACACAUAGUUGCUCUUGAGCUGCUGGUUUAU